CCUUAUACAACGGGAUAAAUACAAAGGGGUACAUGACUUAUAUUAUAACUCUAACAAGUUCUAUGGUGGCAAUUUCAGGACGGCAUUUACUGAUGACAGCCUGAAAUCUCUAGCUGUCAGCUGCCCUAUGCUUGAGUCUAUUGAACUCACAUUUGAUGGUUACAAGGGGAUGAAGGCCCUCUCAUCUGCUCCAUUACUGGAGACACUCGAGCUUGUGUGCUGCAGAGCGAUAACAGAUGCUGGGAUGCGUUUCAUUGCACGUGCCCCAUGCUUGAUCAAUCUCACACUCCGGAUCUGUGCACAAGUGACUGAUGCUGGAGUGGCCAUGCUAGUACAUGCACUGAAGUUAGAGUCUCUGAUCAUUGAAGGCUGCGACCGGGUCUCUAAGAAGACUGUGAAGAGGGUUGGUGGAUCAGCUCAGUGCCACACUUCCAAAACAAGAUUGGUUCAGUACUCCGCCGAGUCUGCAAGCCCGGCCGAAUUAAAAAGAAUUCGCUACUAAUGCUGUUUGAGUUUAAAACCAUCUGCUGGGUUCAUGCUGGACUUCGGACGACUUCAGACGGUGCACCACUAGUGUUGCUCUACGGUGCUACUCCCUUUGUCCUAUAAUAUAAGAUGUUAUUACAGCCAAUAUACUCACAUAUUUGUUGUAGUAACAUCUUAUAUUAUGGGACAGAGGGAGUACUACUUUGUGUAUUUUUCUGUGUUUGCACUUGACAAAAUUCACUUAUUCUGCCCAAGAUUCGGUAUUUCAGGUUGUGAACUUGCAGAUCGUAGCAGUGCAACUUGAUUCUGCAUGCGGUGUUCAACAUAAUUAUUUGGCUGUUUGCUUUCACUGUACUUCUGCAACCUGUAAUAUUGUGGAAACAGUUUUGAAUAUGGCUGUA